AAGGCGUGGCUGGAAUCCUGUUGGUGUGUUGGCCAGGUGGAGUGAGUGGGAAGUUUCUGCGACCUUAGCAAAGAGAGUUAAGGGCUGGGAGCGUUUCCCAUGCCUCCCCUCCCAGCCCCUGUCCGAGGAACCACGCCUGUGCAUGUGGUCGUGCAGUUAAAAAGAACUCGUGGUGUGAAUCUCAGACCAUUUCAGGGUUGCCCUUUCCCCCGCGCUCUAUUCUUCCUUCCUUUUUCUAUUAUUGUUUUUCUUUUGUUGAAAAAGAAGAAGAAAAAGAAGGUCUUUUCUCUGCAUUUGAUGAGACCAGGCCAGUUGCACGGCCUGUGGAGAAGGGAGUCGGCCCCUGUAGAGAUUCUGGGAGGGGCUUCUGUUGGCAACUUUUCAGUUCAUUCUGUAAAAGAAACAGAAAAAGUCUUAGCAGUGGAAACUUAGUGUGAGAAGUGUUUCCCAGGGCUCGAUUUCCAAGGUGCAUGUAUGUUUAACGUUAACGUGCUUGAGGAGUCACUGGAGUAUUGUCAGCUGUGAUCGCUCAGUAUGUUCCCACUGACUGAGGGGAGCAAGCAUGUGGCCCGGUUGCUGUUCAGUUCUGGUACCUGUCCCAGAUGCAUCUUCAGACUCUGUGGUGUGGAUCUUCAUGCGCCUUACAAACGCCCAUCCAAGGAGUUGUUCAAUGAUCUACAGAAAUUUCUAGAAACUGAAAAAGAUGAAUUAAUUUUGGAGGGUCCAAACCCACCAUUGAAGAAAAUUCGUCUUCAAGAAGACGGAAUGGAUAAUUUGAAUGGAAAUGGAGAGGAGGGGACCUCUGCCACAGAAGAUGAGAACAUUGUCUCUGAGCCUUCAGAUUUGAGUGUGUGCAAUGUUUGCUUAGGAAUUCUUCAAGAGUUCUGUGAGAAAGAGUUUAUAGCAAAGGUGUGUCAAAAGGUUGAAACCUCUGGGUUUGAAUUCACCAGCAUGGUUUUAUCAGUUUCCUUCCCACCACAGCUGUCUGUGAGAGAGCAUGCUGCAUGGUUGCUGGUAAAACAGGAAAUGGGAAAGCAGGGUCUGACUCCGGGAAGAAACGACGUAGUUCAGCUGAAAGAAGCCUACAAAUGGAUAACUCACCCCCUGUUUUCAGAGGAACUGGGAGUUCCCACUGACGGAAAGAGCUUGUUUGAAGUGAGUGUGGUCUUUGCUCAUCCAGAAACAGUUGAGGAUUGCCACUUCCUAGGUGAAGUUUGCCCAGAUUGUUUCAAACCAGCCAAAAACAAACAGUCAGUGUUCACCAGAAUGGCCGUUUUGAAAGCUUUGAACAAGAUAAAAGAAGAGGAUUUCCUCAAGCAGUUUCCUUGUCCUCCAAAGUCACCAAAGACUGUAUCCACUGUCCUCGAAAUUGAAUGUACUCAUGGUGCUGUUUUUGUUGCUGGCAGAUAUAAUAAAUAUUCCAGAAAUCUCCCACAAACCCCUUGGAUAAUUGAUGGAGAAAGGAAAAUGGAAUCUUCGGUGGAGGAAUUAAUUUCAGAUCACCUGCUGGCAGCAUUCAAAGCAGAGAGUUUUAAUUUCUCAUCCUCUGGGAGAGAAGAUGUAGACGUGAGAACAUUAGGAAAUGGAAGGCCUUUUGCAGUGGAGCUGCUGAAUCCUCACAGAGUGCAUUUCACUUCACAAGAAGUCAAGGAGCUCCAGCAGAAAAUUAAUAAAUCAUCUGACAAAAUCCAAGUACGUGAUUUGCAGCUUGUCACCAGAGAGGCGCUAGGGUACAUGAAGGAGGGUGAAGAAGAGAAGACCAAAACCUACAGUGCCCUUGUAUGGACGAGUAGAGCAAUACAGAGGAAGGACAUUGGAUUUCUAGACGACCUGAAGGACUUAAAGAUUGACCAGAAAACACCUCUCCGGGUCCUUCACCGAAGGCCUUUGGCUGUGAGAACUCGGGCCAUUCAUUCUAUGGAGACGCACUACCUGGAUGAGCAUCAUUUCCGUCUGUAUCUGAAGACCCAAGCUGGAACCUACAUUAAAGAAUUUGUACAUGGAGACUUUGGGAGAACCAAGCCGAAUAUUGGCUCUCUGAUGAACGCGACUGCAGACAUUCUUGAGCUAGAUGUGGAGUCUGUGGAUGUUGACUGGCCACCUGCUUUGGAUGACUAGCACUCACACUUGAACUCUGAGGGUUUUCCUGACAUGAUGCACGUACGGCAGCAUACCCUGGAAGAUGACUUACCCACCAUGACAGUAUCUUCAGAACGACCUGGAUUGUGUUGAUCUGUCCCAAAGCUCACUGUAACAGCUAGUACAUCUCAGGGUCUGUGUAUGCAUAGAUCUCAGGGUCUAUCUGUACGCAUAUUUUGUGUUCUGUUGUUCUUAGAAUGUCUUGUGUUUUUUCAUUCCUUGUCUCAUGACCACAAAACCAAAAUAGGAAUAAUGUGACCAUUUUCCGUUUUGAUUCUGUCACUUAGAGAAGUGUGCAGGGGUAGAUGGUGUUAAGACCAUCGAGGUCUCCUACAGGAGACACAAUGCCUUUAAAGGGAUGUGCUCAACUUUUCAGAUCAUCUGAAUAAAUGCUACAACUAGACUCUCGUAGUAGUGUCUUUGUGGUAUUCUAAUAUGUCAUGCACAUCUGAUAUUAAUAUUUUUCCCAGUUACCAUCAAGCUGUUAUUCAUGGAAGUACUUUAAGGUGUGAUUUUUCAUGAGUCUUAAUGACCUCAAGUUACUAUUGUGACAAUCUAAAGUUGUCAGUAUUUGCCUCCUGUCGAAGGCAGUGACAAUGCUGGAGGCAUACCUCUAGAGCCAUAAUUCUCAACCUGUGGGUCACAACCCCCAUAGGGGUCCCAUAUCAGAUAUCCUGCAUAUCAGACAUUUACACUGCAAUUCAUAACAGUAGAAAAUUACAGUUAUGAAGUAGCAAUGCAAUAAUUUUAUGGUUGGGGGGGUCACUAUAACAUGAGGAACUGUAUUAAAGGGUCACAGUGUUAGGGAGGUUGAGAACCACUGGCCUGGACACUUUCCUACAUCCUUUAAGUGAAAUAGUGAAAUAAGUGCCUUCAGUAACUUCUGUCCCUGGGUUACAGAUUCAAAAGUGUGAGAUUGCUUAACAAAUACAAACAUAUUUUACAGUGUUUCAACUACUUUCUAACUUCAAACAUUUUAAGAAGGUGUAUUUAACAUUAUGUCUAAUUUCAAAAACAAGGAGUCAAAGUUAAGUGACACCUAAGUUAUCAGUUACUCCUGUUAACCAGGUCUGGAACUGGGGUCGUGUUUCCAGGGUCUUUCUAUAAACUCUUGUCAUGAGCACCUGUUGUUCCUGUGGGUGACAGUGAGGUGCGCAAUGCCAGGAGACAGCUAGCAGCUCCCCAAGAAAUGGCUAAUGUGUGUCUCAUGUGACUUGUAUAGAAAUGGCUACUGUGUGUCUCAUGUGAUUUGUAUAGUUGCUAUUUGUAAUGAGUGACAUGAUGAAGAGAAAUCCUAAGCACAUUGAUGUUAAGAGAAGCUUUCCUUUGAGAAGGAGCCGUUCCGCCAGCCUGGUUCCAGAGCUGUAUCAGUCCCAAAUAAACACACAGCAGGCUAUAUUAA